GUGAGCGAGUAAAUGAGGAGGGGUAAAGAAUACAGACCCUCGUUAACUUUUUUUUAGCCCUACAGUAUGUUUGGAAACUUCUCACUACCAUGAAACCUCUGGCUUCCUUUGCACUGCUUGUAGCGGUGUUUUUAUUGCUGAACACCUGCGCGAGCCGCGCGCUUGACGGCGAAACCCGAAGAGCCGAUGCACCUGAGAGCGGAUUUGGGGCGAAGGAACGUUUUCAGAUCGUUACACAACACAAUCGGCUGCGGGGUCGAGUCGAGCCCAUGGCGGCCAACAUGCAGAAAAUGGAGUGGAGUGAUGCGCUGGCUGCGCUGGCUCAGGUCAGGGCCGAGUCCUGCUCCAAGAACAGCGCUGGAUCAGAAGUGGACACCGAGCACAUCGGCUGGAACGUCCAUCAGUCUCCUCAUGGUGCAGCUUCCUUCUCUGACAUCAUCAACUCAUGGUUUCAGGAAGGGCUUCACUACAACUAUCGAAGCGGACGCUGCAAAAACAACGACACCUGUGAACAUUACACACAGAUGGUGUGGGCCACAUCCAGUCAGGUGGGCUGUGUAUCACAUCUGUGCAGAGUUGGAGUCAAGCACUGGGACAUGUUUGUGUGUGCAUACUUUCCUGGGGGAAACUGGGAGGUGAACGGCCAGAAGGUGACACCGUAUAAAUCAGGAGUGUACUGCUCUCUCUGCACAGCCUCCAUGUCAGGGUGCUUGCGGCUCUGGGACCAUGUUGGAGGCUUGUGUGAGACGCCUCGAAACCCGUGCCGUAUGAGUUGUGGACAGUACGGCAGGCUGAACGUCUCUUUAUGCCAGUGUCAGUGUAAGCAUGGAUUCACGGGUCGGUUCUGUCAAGUGCGCUGUAGUGUGCAGUGUGUGCAUGGACGCUAUAAGGAGGAGGAGUGCUCCUGUCUCUGUGAUGUAGGAUAUGGAGGAGCCGAGUGUGCAGAGAAGCUGAGUUUCCCCCAUCACAGCUGUGACAUGCAGAUCGACGGAAAAUGCUUCAUGGUGUCUUCUGAAGCUGAGACAUACUACACGGCCAAACUGCGCUGUCAAGAAAGAGGAGGGAUUCUGGCUCAAGUGCUCAACCAGAAGGUCCAGGAUAUCAUGACCUUUUACCUCGGGCAGCUGGAGAACACCAACGAGGUCACGGACCCUGACUUUGACACGCGUAGCUUCUGGAUAGGUUUGACGUAUAAACCACUGAAAGACUCGUUUCGCUGGGAUACGGGAGAAACGGCCACAUUUACCAGCUUUGCUUUUGGACAGCCGGAUAAUCAGGGCUUUGGGAAUUGUGUGGAGCUGCAAGCAUCCAGUGCCUUCAACUGGAAUGACCAGCGCUGCAAAACCCGCAACAGAUACAUCUGCCAGUUCGGUCCAGAACAUAUUGCUCGGUGGGAGUUUGGCCAAUGAGAGCUGGGCUUCGUGUGUGCUGCAGAUUCCUGAUCUUCUCUGGACAGGAUUACGUGCUUGAAGCUCAGAUGGAGGUCUCCUGAUCAUCACAGCCAGUACUGCAUGUGGAAGAAACCCGGUCAGGGCAUGCUAUCAGAGGAAAAUCAUCAAUGAUGAGGUUGUACAGUGUGACCCGAUGGGCAGCAGACUUGAUUGUUUUCCGAGCAUCGGCAUGUCCUGAAGUAUUUUAUCUCUUUUACACCACAGCAACUUCCCUGGGAUUACAAUCUUUAUUUAAUUAACAUCAUGCUAUCAUUUUUAUCUGUUUCUAGUUGCAUUUGAUGUUGUGGAACAGCCAUGAACUCCAUCUGCCAUCGUUUAUAUAUUUUGCAUAGAAAGAAAGUGUUUGAAUUUUUAUGAUUGUACACUGAGACGUCUUAUCGCUCAAACAGCCCAUGUCUUUAUUCCCACCAAUAAAAACAGCAGAUGAGAGACGA